AUGGCGCUCGGGGACGUGUCGUUCUGCUACUGCUUAUCCGGGGCAGAACCGGUGCCUGUUUGUGGUUGGGUGGUUGAUUGCCCAGACGACGAAGUGGUGCUUGGCACAUCGCAGGAGCUCACCCAGUUAGAGAAUAGUGCUGUCGGGAAGGCUGGAGAGGUGGCCGUACGGUUUGUGCGAGUGCCUGCUUCAGCUGUCACAGAGGCGGCUCCAGCUUCGUGGAAGGGUUUGAAGGCGAAAGAUAUCCCCUCCUACAAGGCUUGUGUGACAGCAUGGGCGAAAGUGAAGGGAACCGAUCUGGGGAGCAGCGAUGCCGAACUGCCUCGAAGGGCAAAGGCCUCUCGGGCCCAACCACGGCGAGCCACUCUCAACGAGGACCUCGAGAAGCUUCGCCGCCUUUACGCCGCCGAGGAGGACGAAGAGGACACCGACGAGGAGGGGGAUUUCGAGGAAGAUCUUCCUUCAGGCCGGGCGCGGGCUUCCAGCAGUUUCUUGCCUCCGGGGGGCCGGGAGCGGGUCUCGAAGAAAGGCCCGAGCAAGCAGCGGGAGGACAGCCCCGACCUUCGCAAGGCCUUGGUGAAAGGACUCGCCUCGGGCCAGUCGCCCUCCGACCUCAUGCCGGCGAUGAUGAUGGCCCUCCUGCUCGACAAGGACCGCAGCAAGGAUCGCAAGAAGAGCCACGAGGACCGCGACGACCUCGGUAUCCUUGGUGGCUCCGACGAUUCGGGCAUCGAGGGCGACUCCAAGUCCAAAGGCGUGCGGGCUGUGGCGAGCUUGAACAAGCUCCACAAGCAGAUCCAGUCGAAGCCCCGGCGAAUUUGCGAGCUCUUCGAGAAGGAGGUCAUCGAGGACUUGGGGAUAGUGUGGGGCCAGGCUUGGACAGUGAAGGACUACGUUCGCAAGCAACAUUGGGGCAAGUUCAAGGGGAUCUUCAGGUGUGCGAUGAUGGACGUGGCUGUCUACGAGUACCUGAGGAACAAUCAGCCGGAGAUUGCCGCGGCGCAGGUGGUGCAGAAUCUCAAGGCCAAGAUGCAAAGCGUGUUGGCCGGGGGCGAUUGGUCGGCUGCUUGGCUUCUCACGGGCUUGGCGGACCCGAUCGCCAAGCGGGAGUUCGGCGGCAGCAAGGAGGAGAUGGCCGUGGUAUCAGGAUACGCCGAAGCACUAACGAAACUCCAGAAGCGAGUCAAGGAGGUGCAGAGCAGCCGGAGCCACGGCGACGAGGAGGAGCCGGGCGGUGCGGUGCAACAUCCCAUCCUGGCUUCCCGAACUUUGAAUUCAAGCUUUUAUGAUUAUUUUGUGUGGUUUUCGGGCGUCCAAGGUCUUAGGCUGGAGCGGUCUGGCACCGAUAUUCCGCUUUUUCCAUGCAUGCUGCCCUAUCCGGAAGCCGUGGUCACUGAAGGUGAGGCGAUGGAGGAAGGCCAGGUGUGUGAGUGGUGGUCCAAAGCUUUCGUUAACACGUUUUUGGCUUGGGGCAACUUUGUCACCCUUGGCUGCCCGCGUCCCGGGGGCAGCGCGUAUGAGCCGCGAGUGGGCUAUUUGAGCAUGGAGGGCAUUCGGGCUGCUGACAAGCUCCUUGGCGAGGUACGUGAAUUCGUUUGUUUGGAUCUGGUACUAGGUCGGCUUUCUUGUGAUGGCAAGAAGGGGGCGAUAGACGCUUUGAUCUCGAAGGUCCAAUGUACAGUUGGUGCAAGUUAUUUCAAGCAGUUUGGACAGGUUGAUGGUGGUGUGGUGGGCAGUGCUUUGCCUGUUUCGGCCGCGCGGGUGGCCAUCCCAAAGAAGGCGGGUACAGUGGAUCCGUGUGAUUGGCUAGAUCCCGAAAAAGCCCAAACCCUACAACACCUCGAAGAGUACCGUUUGCCAGAGCAUUUGUGGUCUGAUGUGGUUCGAGCUUGCCACCGGGUGCCGCCGGAGGAGGAAUCUUUGUUGGCACGCCGGCUCCUGGAAGCCGACAUGGCGACCCUUGUUCCAGAGCGGGAGCUUCCACGCAAUCGGGCGGGGGAGUUGGUGCCGGGAGGGCUGUUCUGUGUGGCCAAAAACCAGACGGAAGAUCGCCUGAUAUUCGACAGGCGACCCGAGAACAGCACGAUGGAGCGACUGAG